UACGGACCCAGCCAGAUACACUCGCCAACUAGUGGUAAUACAGUCAGCGGCCCAGCGCACGUACACGAGGCAGUUGUAAAACGUCUCAGUCAGUGAUGGCAGCUAGACGUUUUGUGUCUUCUGCUCGGCGGACCCUCAGUUUAGACGGCGUGUUCGUGCCCCUCACAACUCCCUUUAAUCUGCCUCGACAGGAGAUCAAUUAUGAGAAACUCAACUUCAAUCUCAACAAGUAUGAGAAGAUUCCUUUUGCAGGUUAUGUGGUGGCUGGAUCCAAUGGAGAGGCCCCCUAUCUGGUGCCAGAGGAGCGAAUAGAGUUGGUGCGCCAAGUGCGCCGAACAGUUGACAAGUCCAAGUCUGUAAUUGGAGGAGCUACUCAUGAAUCAACGAAGAUAGCUUGUGAGCUGUGCAAGGAAAUGGCCAAGGUAGGCGCAGAUGGAGUUCUGGUUAUGGCUCCAUUUUACUUCAAGAAGAGGAUGACUGAUGAAGCAAUAAUGAACCACUAUACCAGAGUAGCUGAUGAGUCUCCAAUUCCUGUAGUUAUCUACAAUAUGCCAUUUGUUACUGGAAUAGACAUUUCUAUCCCUGUAUUAGCCAAACUUGCCCAUCAUCCAAACAUAAGAGGAGUGAAAGAUGGUGAUGUUCGAAAACUUGCAGGCAUAGUCAUGGCUACUAAAGGCAUUGGAUUAGAAUUUGAUGUUUUGGCAGGAUCAGCAGGCUACUUACUUCCUGCUCUGCAAGCGGGAUGCUCUGGUGGAAUCAAUGGGCUGGCAGGAGCUCUUGGCAAACAUGUCUGUGACUUAUACACACUGGCCAGUCAACACAAGUGGAAUGAAGCUCUCAAGGUGCACCUACAGAUCACCAGGAUAGACACUCUGCUGUUAGCAGAGUUGGGAGUACCAGGACUGAAGGCAGCAAUGGACAUUCUUGGUUUGUAUGGAGGUCCUUGUAGAGAACCGAUGUUGCCCACAUCUGCUACUGACAUCCAGAGAAUUGAAGCUACUCUCAAGGAAGACAAUUUCUUGUAAAGACAACAAGACAAGACUGCCUUCCCAUAGUACACUCCUUUGCUUUAAAUAUCAAAAGUAAUUGAAUAUUUACUGAGGCUCUUGCAACAAUUGAUUUUCAUAAUCUUUUUAUAAAUAAACAUUAUUAAACUGUA